AUGUCUUUACCUGCUUCAUUUGACUUAACUCCAGAAGAUGCUAAGUUGUUAUUAGCUGCCAACGUCCACUUGGGUUCCAAGAACGUUCAAGUUCACAACAAGCCAUACGUCUACAAGACCAGACCAGAUGGUGUCAACGUCAUCAACAUUGGUAAGACUUGGGAAAAGAUUGUUUUGGCUGCCAGAAUCAUCGCUGCCGUUCCAAACGCCAGCGACGUUGCUGUCUGUUCCUCCAGAACCUUCGGUCAAAGAGCUGUCCUCAAAUUCGCCUCCCACACCGGUGCUACCCCAAUUGCUGGUAGAUUCACCCCAGGUAACUUCACCAACUACAUCACCCGUUCUUUCAAGGAACCAAGAUUGGUUGUUGUCACUGACCCAAGAACCGAUGCUCAAGCCAUCAAGGAAUCUUCUUACGUCAACAUUCCUAUCAUCGCUUUGACCGACAUGGACUCCCCAUCUGAAUACGUUGAUGUCGCCAUUCCAUGUAAUAACAAGGGUAAGCACUCCAUCGGUUUGAUCUGGUGGUUGAUUGCCAGAGAAGUCUUGAGAUUGAGAGGUAUCAUCCCAGACAGAACCACCGAAUGGUCUGUCAUGCCAGAUUUAUACUUCUACAGAGACCCAGAAGAGAUUGAACAAAACGCCACCGAAGAAGGUAAGGCCGUUGAAGAAACCGAAGCUCCAGUUGCUGAAGCUGAAGCCGAAUGGACCGGUGAAACCGAAGAAGUUGACUGGGCUGCUGAUGCUGCUCCAGCUGUUGAAGACGCUGUUGCUUCUACCUGGUAA